AUGUCGAAGCGGUCGAAGCAGCCGAAGCAGAGCCAAGUUGCUCACCCAAGUGGUGGCUCUGCAGUCUCCAGCAGCCCGAGCAGAACAAUGAACACCAGCGCAAAUUGGACAGUCGACAAUUGGCAAAUCCCCGUUCCGGUGGGGGACUGUUCCGUCCACCUGCUCGUGGACGGCAACAAGGUCGUCAUCCACGCCUUCAUCAUGGAUGGAGGUAAAUCCUCUGACGGACUGACCCCCGAGGAACAAAUCCUGCGUGCACUUACUGCAAUUGAUAAUGCUCGCAAGGACUGGACUUGGAAAUUCGAUGCAUGGGUCGUGACACACUGGGACCACGACCAUUAUGCCGGCAUCCAGGCGUUGUGGAUUAACAACCCCGAUGUCACCCGAAACAACGUCAAACUCCAGUUUAGGGACGCGUACUUCAAGGACAAGAAUCCGUUGCUUUACUGCGGUGGCCCAAAGCCGGCCGGCAUCGACAUUCCCGACUUCCGUAUCAAGGAACCAGAUCAGCAAGAGCCGGGAAAAUCGACGGUGACAAAGAACGUGCUCCUCGGUCUCGAUAUUUUCACCGGAAAACACAUGUUCAAUGCCAAAGGGGAGGUCCCCCAAACAGCACCUGCCCAGCCAGACCAGCCAUGCUUCUGCAUCGUCGGCGCGAAUGGCGUGGUGGCGGGACAACCGGACACCGUCUACAAGAAAGAGGACCACAUAAGCAAAAAUGAGAUGUCCAUCUUGGCCGUUGUCUAUUGGCCUGGCAAAGGGAACGGCAAGGUGUCGUACUUCACUGGUGGGGACGGGAAUCCAAGAGCCGAAACCCAAGGUCUCGUGCCGUUUCUGACAAACAACCGGAACCGGUCGAGCCAGCUUCCACGGGGUUCUGCCAACAUGGUCAAGCUGGACCAUCACGGCUCUUCCAACGAGAAUGUGAACUGUCCCGACCUAACCAAGACGCUGCUGGAGCUCCUGAAGCCUGUCAACAUCCUCGUCACGCCAGGGAACCAAUACGGCCAUCCAACCUGGGAUGUUCUGUACUAUAUCUUCGAUUAUUUCAAGAGACUGCGGAACGGUGCUGUCAAUGGGCCAGGCAAGCUCUACACUACCCGGUCGCCAUAUUGGCUGAACACGCAAUUCGGAUCGGGCGUCAAUGUCGGUCACUAUCGCUUGCUGGGUCAGCUGUUUGAGAUGCAUCAAGCGCUUGGAGACGGAGGCGAAGACGAAGAAGCGUUGCAUGCUGACAACACUCUCCUCCGGACGUUUGCCGAACAGCAGCGCGUGAUGAAGCAGACUGUGAAGGAGUACCAAAAGGAAGCAAAGGGAUUCAAGGCAGAUCUGCCAAUAUACGUACCCAAGAAGCCAGUCAGAAAGCAGAAGUCUGUGGGAAUCGGGGCCACGAAGAAGAAGAAGAAGGCCGACGAGAAACCGUACUGGUAUGUGGCGAGCGAGGUUGCGGCGUAUUACGCCAAGGUGCGACCAAGAAAUCAUCGUUGCCGGGCAACCCCCUACUGGCUGAUACGUUUCACCUUCGAUAAUGGAGGCGACAACACGGUCGUGCUUGCGUAUGACGACGACGGUGCCGACAACAAACCCCUGGAUUACCUCACGCCCGCGGAGUACGCCGACCCUGCGAAACUGGCUAACAUUCAAGACGUAAACACCAAGAGGUUUGUGAGGCAGAAUAUCAACAGAGCGUGCCUUGGUCUGUCACCUCUCAACUUCAAGGACAACCUCGCUGUUUUCGGGGGCGACGAGCAGCUGGGCGCCAUGGGAAUCAAUACCCAACGGACCUUCAACCUCGCAGCCCGCCCGCGAAAGCAAAGCGCAGACCUCCUAGGAGGGUUUACGGACCGCUUCGGUGGCCAUGAGCAAACUACACCUCAGCCUCAGGAGACAUCCCCCAUCAGCUUCUUCUCCCCCCCAACCCCAACAGAAUCCAAGGCCAUCGCCGAGGAGACCGCGCCCGCCGCGCACCCCACCUCCUCCGACGACCUCUCCGACCUCGGCGCCCUUCGCGACCUCGGGUACCACACGAUCCCCAACGACGGCGCCAGCCUGCUUUGCGGCAUCUUCGCGCUGCACGACAGCAUCACGCACCAGAUCCCCACCACGGCCAUCCCCUCCGGGCGGGCCCCCACCGACGAAGAACUGCACCACGCAGCGCUCUACGGCCCCGCCGCGCAGCUGCUCAACACCAUCCUGCCCAACGAGCUGCACACGCGCAACUUCACCGCCGACCACCUGGCCUCCAUCCUAGCCCAAUGGGGCCGGAACGCGGGCAUGACACAGCCGCUGCAGCUGGGGAUCAUUUUCCAGGACGGGUCGCGCUGGCGCAUGCCCGUCGACGUGCCGGACGGGAGUGUCGCGCCGCGGAGGGUGUGGAUCGAGCAUGAGGGGGAUUUGCAUGGUGGCGGGGGGCACUAUAGUGGGAUCGCGCCGGGCGAGCCGGAUGGAAAUCGGUUGGGGAGGGUGGCGCCGAAGGUGGCGAAGGGGAGGAUGGUGCUGAAGGCGGAGCUGAGGAAGCGCGCGCGGGAUAAUUUGUAUUGGCGGGCGAGGAUGGCGAGGGGGGAGGAGGACCUUAGUGAUCCGGAGAGUAUGGGCACCAAGACGAAGAGGUUGGAGGGGGAGAAGAAGAGGAUGCAGGAGAGGGAGCAGGCGAGUGAGGCGGCUAAGCAAAGGUUCAAAGGCUGGACGGUUGAGAAGCUGAAAGCGGAGCUCAAAGCGAGACAGGUAAAGGGCUAUAGUAAGCUUCUCAAAGGGGAGCUUCUCGAUCUCUUGAUCAAACAUGAGAUGAAGAAACAAGCGCUGGGCAAUCCUGUAACGGCAGAUGACUCGGAAGAGGAAGCCCGUUCGUCAGGAGCCGGUUCGGAAGAGGAAGAGCUCGCUUCGGGCGAUCUCGAGUCGGACGAUGAGGAUGAAGAUGAUGACGAGGGCUGGUUUGCUGAUAACCUUUAUCGAGGCGGAAUCGAGACAGCGGAGCUUCUCAGACGCUUGGAUAGCUUUCAGUUCCUGAAGCAGCAGAAGAAGAAGGAGCAGAAGAAGAAGGAGCAGAAGAGGAAGGAACAACAAGGAACAACACCCGUGAGUAAAAAGUCAGAUACGCUACUGCAGAAGCGGGCUGCCUCGGGGCAACUGAAGGAUUUGAAGAGGUGGAGAGGAGGAGAGAAGAAGAAGCUGAAGGGUGAGAACGAGUUCGAUCGGGGGCCGAAAGGACGAUCGAAGAGUCCAGAAAAGAUAGAGGAAGAAGACUUACCCUAG